UAUAAGAACUGCCAAAGUUUCUCAAGUAUCCGAGAAGACUCGUCCUCCCAGGAACCCAUCUAUGGAUACUUUGGUGUCGUCAGAGCCAGACAGACGUACAGGUGGACCGGUGCCGUGACUCCAUGAGAGGGAAAUCCGCUUCGGGACACCUUCUAGCCGCCAUCUGCCCAAGUGGAGAUGUCUGAGGAAAACCUGGGGGAAGAGUCGAGCAGCUCCCCUGUCUCUCCCGCGGACAGCCUGAGCAACAGCGAGGGGGAGUUGGACCGACAGCCGAAGAGGUGUGGGAGAAAGAAGAGACCGAGCAGGAAAAACGGGGAGGACUCAGAUAGCCCGACCCCUGGGAAAAGAGGGAAGAAGUCCAGCAGCAGCAGCCCCCAGUCGUUCGAGGAUCUCCAGUCGCAGCGGGUCAUGGCCAACGUGCGCGAGCGCCAGAGGACGCAGUCUCUCAACGAGGCGUUCACGUCUUUGCGGAAGAUUAUCCCCACUUUGCCCUCGGACAAACUCAGCAAGAUACAGACUCUAAAGCUUGCAGCCAGAUACAUCGACUUCCUGUACCAGGUGCUGCAGAGCGACGAGCUGGACUCCAAGAUGUCUAGUUGCAGCUAUGUGGCGCACGAGAGGCUGAGCUACGCCUUCUCCGUGUGGAGGAUGGAGGGCGCUUGGUCCAUGUCAACAUCUCACUAACAUCUGGAGAAAUGACGCCGUAAAUGGUGACUGCUGAAUCUACUUAUCACAUUCUGACGGGACAUUCUGGAGUCCAAUGCUGGAUACAUGGGAUCCCUCUAUUUAAUAAACCAAAGAGCGGCAGAAGUCCCGGGGGAUCGGUUUUUGCAGAGGCGCAAAAUGGGACUUGCGUUAUACUAUCCCGUUCUGAAGCGUUUUCAUGUUGUUGACGACGAACGAUGAACAUUUCAUGUGGUUAUUCUGAAGAAAGGGGCAUUUUAAAAUGCGUGUCUUGAGAGUUAUUUCCGUGGAGGUCAAAGUGCAUCAUCAAAGCAGUUGUUGUACCUUUUCACAUUAUAGACUGACUGUGUGGAUCUAACCCGUGAGACAAAACCAUUUUCGGAAUACAUUUAUUUAUUUAUUGGUGAAACGUGAUACAUUGAGGAAUAGAUCUUGUGUCUGAAAUACAACAUGCAUUCCUAUUUUUUACUAUUGUGUUUUUGUAAAUGUUUGUAUAUGUUUUGCAUUAAAUAAAAUGACGAUUUAAGUGUUUUCCUCUGACUCUUUGUGCAAAGCUGUAGUUUAAUUGUUCAAGAGGCUGCUGGUGGGCGACGUUAGAGAUUCAAUGAAGCAUCUUGCUUGCAUGCAUGCAUGCAUACUGUGGCCUGCAGUUCACAUCGGGUUUAAUGACAAAAGCUUCCACUAUAUCGCCAGUCACUUGGGGAAACAGAUGGAGUUAUUUUUGGCUCGAGUGAAGGCGCAGCGGAUUUUGAAAUAUAUUGUUACACAGCUGAAGGGAACGUAAGACAAACUUUUUUAAAGAGUAUUUAAU